AUAGUUGUUUCAGUUGUUGUAAACGAUUAAAGUUAGUUGAUUUAAGAAUUAUACGAAUAAUAUAAUGACCACAGCAGCGCGACCAACAUUUGAUCCAGCUCGUGGCGGCUCUGGACGAGGAGAAAAGGACUUGAGCGCUCUGAGCAAACAAUACUCAAGUCGCGAUUUGCCUGGACACACCAAAUUGAAAUACAGAGAAAUUGGCCAAGGCACUAGCGAGGAGGUUCGCAACCGCGACUUCCGCAAGGAGCUUGAGGAGCGCGAGCGUGACGCACGUUCCGGCACCAGUUCUGGCAAGGCACUGCCCUCCAUCGUACGCAAGGCGAUUGAGGCGAACAAUGGCAGUGUCAACAAGCGGGCUAAACUGGAGAGUCACUCACAGCAGCAGUUCCAUCAGCAUCAACAGCAGCAACAUCAGCAGCAGCAACAUGUUGCUGCCAAUUUGGAUGCAGAUGAGCCUAUUGACAACGACAGUUCGGACUCGGACAGCGAUUCGGAGGAUGACGAUGCUUCGCUCCUCGCCGAACUGCAGAAAAUCAAACAGGAACGCUUGCAAGAGACCGCUCGCCGUGAGACGGAGAAGAAACGAGAGGACGAACGCAUUCGCAUGGAGAAUAUUUUGUCCGGCAAUCCAUUAAUCAACUACGAGCCCGGCACAGCCGCUUCGGCAAUUGGACGCACUUCGGCGAAUGCUGGAGAUCUGAAAGUUAAACGGCGCUGGGAUGACGAUGUUGUGUUUAAGAACUGUGCACGUUCAGCCCCCGAGAAGAAGACCCACUUUGUAAAUGACGCACUGCGUUCAGAUUUUCACAAGAAAUUUAUGGAUAAGUAUAUUAAGUAGACCUAGAUCAAUCAAUCACAUCCAAAAUGUUUGUAUUAGUUUUUGGCAGAUAUUCAUUCUUUUUUUUUUCUUUUAUUUUGUUUUUCAAACAAUAAAUAAUGCAUCUUGAAUAACCA